AUGAAGAAACACAAAUCAACAGCCCCCGAUCACGAAUACUGCGAGAAAUGCGACCUGGACUGCGAGACCGAAGACCAACUGCUCAUCCACAAGAUCAAAAGCAACAAGCACAUCGUCUGCCCGGUCUGCGGGAUCGAGUUUGGAAGUGAGGGUGGUCGUGAUAGACAUAUUCGUCUGAGCCACCGCACCGCCCAAAACCUCACCUGCCACGGAUGCAACUUCACCUUCCGCAGUGCUGCAGGCAUGGUCCGCCACGUCGAGAACGGCGAAUGCACUUCCAUCAGCCAGCAGAGACUCUUGCUCGAGCAGUCGAAGAAGCUGAUGCGUAAGGAAGCGUUAGAAAUAGCUGAGGCAUCCAUAACCCCGUCCAUUGUUGACGUCGACGAGGACGGCGAUGGCGGCGUUGCACUUCCGAUGACCCUAGGUGAGAGUAACCGCGAGGCGAUGGUAAAUCAGCCCGGUGGAGGAUCUGGUGGUCUUAUGGAUGAACAUUGGCCUGGACUCCCUGGGACUGAAGAGACAGGGUUGGAUGAUAUAAUGGGUAUGAUGGCGCUCAAUACCGCUGCAAGGAAGGCUGGUCAGAGCAGCGACAAGGAAAAUGAGAGGUGGAAAGGAAAGGGGCGCGAGCACUCUGGUGCGUCGGGUGCUGGGUCUGGGUCUGCGGGUGGUUCUGCUGCUGUGUCGAGCGUCGGUGCUCCGGCUGGAUCAAUUGGCCCUCCUGAUCUGGCUCUUGUGCUGCGGAAGAUUUACAAAGACUUCGAUGCGGUGAAUUUCCUUGAUGGGUUCACCGGUGAGUAUGUCUGUCCCUGCGGGAAGCGCUGCUCGACAAAGGAAGGGUUCGAAAAGCAUGUGCUCUCGAAGAGCCAGGGUUCGCGUCGGAUGGAAUGUCCUGGAUGCCUCAAACCUUUCAAGUCGACCUCCGCGCUUGUCGCCCACUGGGAAUCUGCGACCAUGCGCUGCGACAUCAAGGACGGCAACUUGUACGGCCAGAUCGUGGACGAAGUUAGCGGCGGGUUGGUCCAGAUCGCGGGAUACAACGACGACGGCACAGUCAAGUACGAAGCAGGUAAGUUGGAGCUGCAAAAGAAGAUCACCGUUGGUGUUGACUUGGACAAGUUUGGCUGGUGA